AUGGAGGAAGAAAAUGUGUCUUUGGUGUCAUCUUGCAUCACCAAGGAUCAAGUGCAAGUCGCAACGGCCAAGGAUCCUACCCUACAGCUAGUGACCAAGUACCUCGAGAAGGGAUGGCCAGCAAAGAGGAUGCUCAAUCAGGAGCUGAUGCCGUUCUUCCAGCUUAGGGAAGAAUUGUCCAUGGUGGAUGGCAUAGUCUUCAGGGAAGACAAAGUUGUUGUGCCGGAUUCUCUGACCUUGGACUUGAACCAAAGAGGAAUCAACCACUGUAUCUCGUCGGUAUACUACCCACAGGCCAAUGGGUUGGUCGAACGAUUCAACAGGAGCCUGAAGAACUUUAUUCAAGUUUCAGUUUUGGAAGGACGACCGCUUAAAGAAGCCGUCGUGGACUACUUGGGCGUAUAUCGGUCUACCCCACACUCGACCACAGGAGUGUCUCCUGCUCAGCUCCUCCACGGUCGCCAACCAAGGACCCGACUUGACAUCAUGGGCCUUCCGUCAAAGAACUUCCUGCAGGAGCUAGCCACGGCAAUGGAAAAGUUACGAGCUCGUGUCCAAAGCAAGCAGCGCUCGACGAAGGAGUAUACAGACGCGAAAAGAAGUGCCAAAACUCCAAAAUUCAAGGAGGGAGAUUACGUACGGGUCCGUAAACCCACAAGUGGUGGUAAGGGUGAGCUAUCAUAUUCCCGACCUCUGAAAAUACAGAAACAGUUGGGUCCAGGCACUUUCCGCUUAGAAGACGGACGCAGCUGGAAUGCCUCCAAGCUGGUGGCUGUGCCUGAGGAGUGCGUCACGGAAAGAAGUAAACGGUUACUACACUUGCUACCCGUUCCUGGAGAUCAAGAACAGUCAGCCAGGAGAACCGUCUCGGACAAUCAAGGCGAAUACUCCGUUGGGGAAAAUAGCGAAGCUUUGGCAACACCAUGGCUCAAGGAACGACGUGGACGAACGGAUUUCGCAGAGGACCGUCGACAAGAGAACGACGGCGUCCCUCCCGUCUGCAAGACUUUCAUAUGA